UCUCUUGAGUUCUUUGAAAAUUCUUAAGAAUAGUGAUUUUAAACGAAAGCAAAAUUGUUAUUUGUUUAUUUUAACUUUUAUACGUUUCAGAUUUUGGUAAAAAUUAAAAAACGGAUUAUUUUAGUUCUGAUAAAACUUCUAAUAAAAUAUAAAAGAUUUAUAUUAGCUUUAUGAGCAAUAUUUGGUAUGGCCUAAAAAUUAUAUCGAAUUUAAUAUAGCAGGAUUAUUGGAAAUAUAUGUAAAUGCUAAGAUAACUAAAGCAUUAUAAGCAUCCAAGGCACGUCAUAAAAUUUACGCACGCAAAACAUAAAAAGGAUUAGUUUUUAUUGAAAAUGUUUUGGUCAGACACGACCUUUUUUAUAUCUUUAUUACUGGUAAUUUUGCCACAAAGUAAAUCUAGUGAGAAUUUUGAAAAACUUCAGAACUAUUUCCCAUAUUCAAGUGGAGAUGAAAUUGCAAGUAAAAGUUUUCAACAAGUAAUGCAAGGAAGUAGCAGUUCUGGAAUGAGAAUUAAAGAACCAAAGUUUAAAUCAGAUCCAAUUGAUGUAAAGACUGAAUUAGAAAAAUUAAACACAUCACAUACUUUUCAACCAGACUGGCCGAUUAAGCAAAAAGUUUUAGGUUCAGUUUCUGCAGUAACAUUUGAUAAGGCGGGUAAUGUGAUUGUAUUCCAUCGUGUUGAUAGAAUAUGGAAUGAAGCUACUUUUAAUAUGUCCAAUUAUUUUAUGCAACAAAGUUUGGGAGCAAUUUCAGGAAAUACUGUGGUAGCAUUUCACAAAAAAACUGGAAAAGUAUUAUAUGAAUGGGGGAAAAAUUUAUUUUAUAUGCCACAUGGUUUAACAAUUGAUAGCGAAGAUAACGUUUGGGUAACAGAUGUUGCUUUACAUCAAGUAAUGAAAUUCGGUCCAAAAGGCUCUAACAAUAAACCACAAUUGAUUUUGGGUACUUCCAUGAAACCAGGACACGGUAGAAAUCAGUUCUGUAAACCAACAUCGGUUGCAGUUUUACCGGACGGUGAUUUUUUUGUGGCUGACGGAUAUUGUAAUGCACGAAUUAUUAAAUUUUCCAAAUCUGGCGAACCUAUUCUCACUUGGGGUCACCAUACUUUUGCAGGACAAGCGUAUGAAAAUGCACCAGUAAAUUUUUUUGCAAUACCUCAUGCAUUAACUUUAGCUCCAGAUUUAGGGCUCAUUUGUGUAGCAGAUAGAGAAAAUGGUCGAGUUCAGUGUUUCAAUACUAAUAAUUGUUCAAUACAUUCUCAAUAUCACAGCGAAAUAAUAGGAGAUCGUUUAUUUAGUGUUGCUUAUGCCCCUGUUGCAGGUGGACAGCUUUAUGUAGUAAACGGUCCCAACGGUAUCUCUGGAAGUCAAGUAAAUGGAUUUAUUAUAGAUAUGAAAACUACAAACGUUAUUGAAAAAUUUGUGCCACAAAACAUUGACUUUAGAAAUCCACAUGAUAUUGCUGUUACUGCUGAUGGUUCGGAUAUAUAUAUAGCAGAGUUGGAUCCGAAACGUGUUUUAAAAUUUUCAAGUAAAAAACUAAUUAAAACUACAACUACUAUGUCAUCUGCGAAACCAACGGCAACAAUAAUAACAGACCCAAAUCUAAAUGAAGUUAAUAAAUUCCGGAACAUAACCGUUGAGAGUGCAGAAUCAAUUACUAAUAGCAUAUUAUCGACGCGAGCUCAACCCGGUUCUACAGCAUUAUUUUUGAUCGUCUUAGUUUUGAUGUUUGGCCUAACCACGUUUGGUAUUAUAGUGCUUAUAUCAAAACGACAAAAGCGAGGUUGCAGUUUAUUUGGAAAACGUAAUCGUAGACAUGCAUGGGAUUUUCCAGCAGGAGAAAAACCUUUCAAACUUGGGAAUUUGAUUAACAAUGAUCGUAACAAGCGUGGUUUUGAAAAACUAAAUCAAAAUGCCAGUGAUGAAGAAAUUGAUGCUUCCACGAAUAUGUUAACAAGCGCACAAUUCGCUUAAAUGUAAUAAUUAGGUAUUGGGAUGUAACAAAAUUAUAAAUGGAAAAAAUCGUAAUCAAUGGUAAAUAUUGAUACGAAGCGAAACUCAAUAUGACAAUGUCAUGCAAAACAGCAUUUUAAACAAGUAUAAAAAUUAAAAUAUGAAACACAAAAUUGAAAAUACAUCUUUGGAAGACACAGGUUCAACUUAUGUGAUAUAAUUAAUCAAAUUGCUGUAGUAUGAAUUUCAAACUAUACUUCUAUAAAUAUAAAAGAAACUUGUAAAUAAGCAUGGUAAGUUAUGCAAAGCUUAAAUAAACCAUCUAUCUUUUAUAAAAAAAAACAUCCUAAUUGAAAUUGUUUUUCGAAAUCAAAGUAAAUGCGAUUUUUAAAGUAUAUGCGUUAUACUGGUAUUAUUAUGUAUCAGUAUAAUGUCAAUCAGUAUACGUGUGUAUAAAUAUAAUUAAUAUUAAUAAUUUUAAAAAUGGUGUUUCAUAUUUUAAU